AUGCAGUUUUCUACUAUGAUCGUCGCCCUCUUCGCAGGCGUUGCCCUUGCUGCUCCUUCUACUAUCGAAGCGCGCCAGAGCACGAUUUGCAACGAAUGCCGUAAAGAGUGCUUUUUCAGCCCGGGGCCCGACGCCGUCUUCAAGAAGUGCCUGGACAGAUGCAACACCGAUAUCGGAUGCAACCUCACGCCUUGA